AUGGAUGAAGAAUUAAAUGUAACGUAUAUAACUCUUGGUGGGCUUGUGGAGGUUCACAAAUACAGAUACCUUUAUUUUACGAUCAUUUUUAUAGCAUAUGUUCUAAUAAUCUGCGGUAAUACUACUAUUGUGUACCUGAUUUGGAUUCACCAAAACCUCCAUGAGCCUAUGUAUAUUUUCAUUGCAGCUUUGUUAAUUAACUCUAUUCUUUACAGCACUAAUAUCUACCCAAAGCUUCUGAUAGACAUUUUAUCUGAAAAACAGAUCAUAUCUUAUCAAGCUUGUCUUUGUCAGUAUUAUAUGUUUUACUCUUUAGGCGGUUCAGAGUUCUCACUGUUGUCAGCCAUGGCCUAUGACAGGUAUGUGUCCAUAUUUAAACCUUUGCAAUAUCCAACUAUCAUGAGAAAAACCACUGUCUGUAUCAUUCUGGCUUUAGCUUGGCUUUUUCCUGCUUGUCAUUUGCUGGCAACAGUAAUAAUGAACGCUAAUCAAAAGCUCUGUCACUUUACUUUGAGAGUAAUUCUUUGUAAUAACUCAAUUUACAAACUUCACUGUGUGAGCUCAAGGGCAAUAUCUAUAUUUGGUGUGAUCAGUUUGCUAAAUGUUGUACUUCUUCCUGUGCUCUUUAUCAUUUUUACAUACACAAAAAUAUUUAUUAUAACCUAUCGAAGUAGCAAAGAAGUCAGGAAAAAAGCUGCAGAGACCUGUUUACCUCACCUGCUAGUUGUAAUUAACUAUUCCUUACUGUCCACUUACAAUGUUAUUAUUGUUCGACUGGAAUCGGAUAUUCCCACAGUUGCUCUUUUAAUAAUGACUUUACAAGGAGUUAUAUAUAAUCCUCUCUUUAAUCCAAUCAUAUAUGGACUUAAAAUGAGAGAAAUCUCUAAACACCUCAAGCGUUUGUUAAAUCGAGACACAAUGAACUGA